AUGCGACGAAAACGCACAAUCGAUGGUUCGAAACCGCCAACUAUGCCCUUCAUCGCUCCGGUGUCGAUAUCAAAAUGGUUAGUAUGGGCGUUAGUACUCACAUUCUUCGUCGGUUUAACGGUGUAUCAAGUAUUUGAGCGUAUCGCCUACUACUUUAUCAGGAAUCCGCUUACUACUCGGAGAUCGUAUGAUUCACCGCAGAACAUGCAUUUUCCUACUAUUGGAAUUUGCAACAAGAUGCAACUCAAAGCAUCUGCUUUCGCCGCUCGCGAACCGGAACUUCUGCGUUUUCUUUCACUAACGUAUAAUGACGAUGGACAGGUUACGGAAAACAAUACUAUAUUGGAAGCACUUGGCAGUUGUGAAAUCGGCAAAAGCGGUUCAUGUCUGGAUGAGAUUCGUCCGAUCCUUACUCAGCAAGGUCUCUGCUUCGUAGUUUCCCCCAAUAUGACUGUCAGAAGACCGGGUCCUGAAACAACACUUUCUCUUCUGCUAAAUUUGGAAGUUUACGAAAUAAUUCCCGGCACUGUUUCGGAUUCGGGAGUAAUUCUGUCUAUACAUGACCCUGGAGACAUAUCCUCGCAACACCACACCGAUGGAAUCCAUUUGGAAGCAGGAAAAGUAGUUACCAUUCCUAUAAAUGAGGUCCGAAAGCUGACGCGCUACAACCAAUAUUGCGGCCGCCGUGCCAUAGGACCUUUUUCACGCAAACAAUAUUCGAGAGAGUCAUGUGAAUGGGUCUCUGCUACGGAGAUGGUUGAGGGAGCUUGCAACUGUAGACCAGUAAAUAGUCCCUUUAAUCGGGACAUCUUCGCUGAUCAGAAAGUGAGAACUGUAUCUGUGGAUCAAGUAACGCCCGUUGCUCAAAAACGGGUACAUCCGUGCACAAUCAGACAAGAAUUCGAUUGUGUCGCUAAAUUUACGUCACAACAGCUCGAUGCUGCAAACGAUCUGAAAUGUCCAGAAAACUGCGAAGACGUCACGUUUUCAUCUGUGGUGUUUGGCGGACGUUUGACUCCCGCUGAUGUUUCACCGUUCCUUCCCAGCGAUUGGGAGGAUAUAAAAGAAUCAAAAGUACUCGAAUUUCAGCGCGCUUUAGAUGUCAUACCGAGGCACCGAAUUCCAGUCGUCAAAGAAGUGCAGUUGCUGGCCGAAAACGCACAAGAAUUUGCGCAAUUAACUGAACAGAUUUUUUCAAUUCUCCCUGGUGUGACAACCGUGCCAUGCAUUGCACCAAAAGGAGCGAAGGAACUGGAGAGGGCCUUGAUUCAAUUUAAAUCAAGAGAACCUAUCUGGGAGCGAAUCACAACAUAUCUUAUGAGAUCGCUCUCUCGUGAAUUGAAUUCUACUGCGGCAGCCAUUGGACUUUUCCUUGAGGCUGAUGCCAGUAUAAGCGGACAAACUCAAUUUGUUCAUAAUGAAUCAAUGAUUGCGUUUUCUCUGCUCCAGCUCGGACUUCUUGAAAAUCGAACGGAAAAUUCAUUUGGGUUGAGGACAAUGGAUGCCAAGACACGUGAAAGAGUUCUCGAAUUUGUGGCGCCUUUCAUUCGCGAUCUGAAGUCCUGUGUGACUAAAAUUCAUGAUAACGCUGAACGAGCUUUUGAGAUAGUUGAGGACUGCCGUGCGAUGUUCAAGGACUAUUAUGGAGUUCUGCUUGAUGCUAAAAAAGUGUACGCACUUAGUGAUCUUUACUCUAAUGCAGCGGCUGAUUAUGUGAAUAACAUGGGAAGAGUCGUCUCAGCUUUAAGAAGAUUCAUGUUCGUCAAUCGGGUACAAAUUUUAAACUACCACAACUAUGAGAUUGAUCUCAAAAGCUUUGGGAACUUGUACAGAGAGGGUGGCUCAGACUUCCUCGAAAUACAUGAAUUGAUGAAGUUAAGGAAAUUGAUGCUGAGCGAUAUUCUUGAAUACAUAAGCUUGCUUAAAGCAUUUUACAAAGAGGGUUUACGUGCAAGAAAAAAUGUGCUUCGAAGACUUGGCAUGGUUUCUCCCAAACACCUAGGCGUUGCAGCUGUGGAAUCUACUAUAGAAUGUCUUAUGAACAUCUCCGACACAAUACCUCUUAUUAAGAAAAGUGCCUUUGUGCGAGGUGAGUGGCUAAGCCGAGUUCAGAGGCAAGUGGAAAUUGCUUUAUCCUAUUCAGCUACCCCACAGUACGAUCAAGUCAAUCUAUUGCAAGUCAAACUCUAUUUUGCUCACUUUAAGCAGGAGAAGAUUGUACAGGAACGAUCCUACAACAUGUUCCUUCUAUUAGCCGAAAUCGGAGGAACAAUCGGGCUUUAUGUCGGAGCGACAUUGCUCACUGUUGCGGAAACAAUCGUUUUCUUCUUCGAAGAGCGGACGAGAAGAAUACUUGUGAAGCCCGCUUACCUGUGA